AUGCGAGCAGUCAAAGGAACACAGAAAAGGUAAUAUUUUCAUUUAACCCUUUCGGGGCAACCGUAUCCAGUCGAUGUAUCCAUUGAGCCUCACGCUGUAACAACAUCCUAGAUCUGUCACCCCCCCCUCGGCAUAGGGGGGAUAUGAUCGAUGGCGAUGAAUCUUAAAGAAGGUAAUCUGUGUCCCAUGGUCAGAAAAUGUUUGGCUACAGGCUUAUCACUCCGUUGGUCUCUGUAUGCCGUCAUAAUGGUAGAUCGAUGUCCUCUUAUCCGGUCUCGUACUGUUAAGUCAGUCUUCCCCACAUAUGAGAGUCCACAGGGACAUGUGAUCAUGUAUAUCACAUGGUCAGUGGUACAAGUAAUAAAUUGUGAUAUUUUAUUUUUUUGACCCGAAUGUGGGUGUGCAAAAGUCGUACCACUGGCCAUGUGACCACACGUCACACAUCCGCUGCAUUUGAAGCAUCCCUUUUUGGAAAUGGUGGUAAUUUUACGGUAGCAUGUCACUGGAUCAUUCUUCACCAGGAGAUCUUUAAGAUUUUUACUCCUUUUAUAGCUUAAGACUGGCAUCUCCUGGAACGAAUCUGGUAAAGUUUUAUCAGAUUGAAGUAUUCCCCAAUGCUUAAGGAUAGAUUGUCUAAUUUUAAGCGUGCCAGUGUGAAAUGUCAGUGGAAGGUAAAUCCUAGGUUUGGAAGAUUUUCCUGCUGUAUUUCUCCUUGUUAGAUCAUUUCUCUCCUUGUUCCAAAUUUCCAAUGCUCUCGUUUUGGCCAAUGUAAGUACACGUGUCGAAUAUCCUCGUUCUCUAAAUCUUUCCCACAUUUCUUCAAUUUGAAUGUUACAUCUCUCUGAUUCAGUAUUAUAUCUGAAGACUCUUAAAAAUUGUGAUAUGGGUAAUGACCGUUUAAACUGUUGAGGAUGGAAACUGGAGGCCAUGAGUAACGUAUUGCGGUCAGUCUUUUUCCGAUGCAGUGUGAAUUCUAGUUUGUCAUUUUUCUUAUACAAUGUCACAUCCAAAAAUUGAAUUGAUUUGUCAUCAUGUUGAACGGUUAAUCUAACUGGUGUCGGUAAUUGAUUAACUUCCAUAAUCAUAUUCUCCAGCUGGUCCGAUGUUCCAGUCCAAAUAAGAAAAAGAUCAUCCACAAAACGGUAGUAAUGUCUAAUAUACUGUCCAUAUCUUUGCAAAAUAUAAGUUUGUUCGAACAUGUACAUGUAGGCGUUGGCAUAUGAUGGUGCCAUUGCCGCCCCCAUGGCGGUGCCGGUCAAUUGAAGAAAAAAUUGAUUUUCAAAUUUGAAAUAGUUGCACGAGAGUGCUAUAGAUAGAAAUUCCAUCAGGAAUUCAAUAGGGGGUCCCUCAUAUACGGAAGACUGUAUGAGAACAUCUCUGAGUGCCUGUAUACCAUCAUCAUGAGGUAUUAUGGUAUACAGGCUUUGGACAUCCAUCGUUACCAGUAGUGCUGUUGUAUUAACAAAGGGAUCCCGAUUGAUCCUUGACAUAAAGUCUUGUGUGUCACGAAGACAUGUAGAUAAAGCCAGCACACUGCCUUUGAUAAAAAGAUCAAUGUAUUUUGCAAUAGGUUCUAAUAGACUGUCAUUAGCAGAGACUAUAGGUCUCCCCGGAGGUCGUAUAGGAUCUUUAUGGAUCUUGGGCAACGUAUAUAGCACAGGGUGCCUAGGAUAUUCCACAAAUAAAAAUUGUGCAGUUUUUAUAUCCAAGUAUUCCAUUUGUUUUCCCAAUUCAAUAUGGUUUUGUAUUCUCGUUUGAAAUUUCUUGGUGGGAUCAAAGGUAAGUUUGGCAUAUGUUGAUAUGUCAUUUAGUUGCCUAUAUGCUUCAGUACGGUAAUUGUCAUAUGACUGGAUGACUGUAGCGCCCCCCUUAUCCGCUGCUCGAAUUAUAAUACUCUGAUCUUGUCUAAGAUCCAUGAGUGCUAUCUUUUCUCCGGGUGUCAAAUUAUGAUGUUGUCUCGAUGAGUUUUUAAUUAUUUUAUCAGUAUCAGUCUUAACCAUUUGCAUGAAUGUUUUAAUAGAGGUGUUGGCAGUACGAAUAUCUUUCUUACUUUUUGUGUACAGACAAUUAGUUGUAUCUGAUGAAAAAAAAUUUUUUAAUUCAUUGCUAUAUAAUGUUCUUUGUAUUUUAUAUAGCUCCACCUCAGUUCGAAAAGAGUCUGGUUUGGCAACAGGUACGAAUGAAAGUCCUUUAUUUAGUAAAGAAUAAUGGUCUGAAUUAAGAAUUUUGUCCGAUAAAUUAAACACAGUAAUCAUCUCCUCAUUCUGGGUGGUUUUGAGGUGAGAUUUGUAUUUUUGACAGUGCCUCUGUCCUCGCCGCGUGGGUCGGUUCUUUUUGUACCUCGAGUGUUGAUGCGUGAUGUCCCUGGUGGUUCGUCUGGAUAUCUGUCCUUUUCUAAAAAAGGCUCUGAAGUCUGUCUCUUUGAGUCUUCGCUGGUUUCAAGAUCAGAAGUAGAGUCUCCUGAGCUGGCGUCAAUAGUUUGAAAUGUUGGCUUUCGUAUUUUUGUCCUCAACUUGCUAUACGGUCUAUAAUUAUCUUGUGCUCCUCCCAACCAUCUGUAUACCUGAUGAUAUUUAUAAUCAUUAUUCACCUUUUCCAAUUUUUGUUUCUUAAAACGGAUCAGGUCAUUUUUAUAUUUGUUAAUUUCAUCUUGUAGCUUUAACAUUUGGACAGUGGCAGUUGAUGCAUGCAGUGUUGAGCUAUUAGUCAUUUCCAUAUUCUGUAUUGAUUGUUUAACAAACAUUAACUCUUUCCCAACCUCCUCAACAACAAUCACCAUCCAGUCCAAUGAGCAUUUGUUGGAUAUCAGCAUCCAUUUCUUGCAGAAUUCUGGAUUUUGCCUACCUAUUGUGGGAGCAUUUCUAAUCCUUAAACCCCUGGGGAUCCUUUUUGCACGGUAGUAGUCAGAAAUAAAUACUCUGUGAAGAUCAAGAUCAAUUUCCCGUUUUUUCAAUUUCAAAAGAUCAUUAUAUAAAUCUUGUAUAGUAUUGGUAUGUAGUAAUUCUUGAGAGGUUUGUGGCCACAAGAUGGCAUUUGCUUGUGCGUCUGUGAUAGACAAUGUUUCAGCGGAUUCUGAUAAUGCUCCUGCUUUAGCUAAAAAAUCUUCCAUUGUACACAAAAAGAGGAAGUCUAUUAUUAUUUUGCUAUAAUCUUUUUUACUUCAUCUUGUCAAUAUGACCCUCUGCCUUAGCUUUAGGUUAUGUUUAUUAUUAUGAUAAUUAUAUGUGUGAUUCUUCCUUGUAUUGCUUUGAUCUACUUAAGAAGGUAGUAACACAAUAGUCACCUGGAUCUUUGCAAUCACAUUGUUGCAAUGUGUUAUCACAUUUUUUAUGCAUGUAUUGGCACUUAUUCAUCAGCACUUGUCACUUUAUUAGUGUAUCGUUUACACACAAUACUCUGGUCACUUUUUAGUAUGGGCACAUUGUUACAUAUUGCUAUAUUCAGCGUGUAUCAUACACGCUCCUAUCCAGCACUUGUUACACUGGUAUCUUAGCAACACGUCAUCACGACGGCAGUACGCCGCACCACGUGAUCGCGCGUUCACUUCCGGGUUCGCACGGAGAGGAUGAGGGAGGCAAUUCACCAUUGGUGAGUACUUUUCUUAUUUCACUAUUUAUUGAUUUCACAGACUUUGACAUAUUGAUCUUGAGGAAGACCCUGAGGGGUCGAAACGUCGAUCAUACUAUGUAAACCUUCUUUUUAAUAAAUACUGCAACUUUUGCUUAUACAAGUCCUUAGAGUGCAUCUCUUAUUCUCUGCAUAUAUUUUUCAACGUGGGAUUGCACCAAGGCAUCAAAAAACUUUGUAUUGGAGAAAGGGUGAGUGCCAAGCAUUUCUGUUUUAUAUAUAUAUAUAUAUAUAUAUAUAUAUAUCAAUGUUUAGUGGAUAUACCCAGGGGCGUACCUGGAGCAUUUGGCACCCUCCCCCCCAAAACAAAAUGUAAAAAAAAAAAAAAAACUCGCAAAUUUUUUUUAAUAUCUUUAGCACUGAGCAGUGUUUUUAUUUUUAUGUAUUUAGUACCAAGCACUGUUUGUGUGUUUGAAUGUAAGCAUGUUUUUGUAUGGAGAAUGUGUGAGUGAAUGUACGGGUGGGUUUGCACGUAUUGGCAUUUGAAUGCAGGAGUGCAUUUUUCUGUAGUGUGGUUUUUGAAUAUGGUGGUGUGUUUUUAUGUAAUGUUGACAUUUGGAUGCAGGGUUGUAUUUGUGUGUAGUGUAGGCAAAAUGCUGAGAUGUAUGCACAUAUACAUACAUACAUACAUAUACUUACAUAUACACACACACAGAGGUACACACAUGCAGUUACAUGGAAACAGUCAUACACAGACAAACACUGGCACAUACAGAUACACACACAGAUACAAACACAAUUAUAGAUAAAAACACACACAUACAGACACAGAGAGAGACACACAGGCACAGACACACAUACAGACACAUUGAUACAAAAACAGGCACACACACACCAACACACAUACAGAUACACAGACGCAUGUAUAAGUGUGUCUGUGUGUGUUUGUAUAGUGAAUGCAGUGUGUGUUCUUGUAUAGUGGAUAAUGGUGUGAGGGAGGGGGGUGAUUGUGAGAGGGAGCAGGGGGUGAUGAGGAGAGGGGGAAAUGAGGGGGUGUAAUGAGGAGAGGGGGGGGGUGAGGCAGGGGUGACUAAAAAAUUACCUUAAAUCCCUGGUGGUCCAGUGGGGGCUGCCUGGUGGUCCGGUGGCCAUCAUUUCCGGUCUGCAGCUCCGCAGAGUUGCAGACCAUGGAUCUCGCGAGACCCAAUCAGAGCGUUGCCGUGGAAACCCGCGGCAAUGCUCUGAUUGGGCAGUGCUCGCAAGACACAUGGUCUGCAGCUCUGCACACUGCGGAGCUGCAGACUGGUCUCGGCGAUGGGCGUAGGAGGGGCAUUGCAGUCUGCCCCAGGCACCCCCCCCUAGUGAGUGGCACCCGGGGCAGACCACCCCCCCCCGCUUAGUACGCCACUGGAUAUACCCUCAAUGAAAACAUGCAUGCAUCUAACUAUCCAUGAUGGGGAGGUAUAACAAGGUGAAUUUAUGAAAGUUCCAAUUUCAAUUCAAAUCUGCACUUUUUUGUAAAAUAUAAAAAUAGGACACAUUCUUUACACAUAAAGCACUUAAAGGAAAACUAGGGUUAGGAAAGCUAAACCGUAUUCCUAACAUAGUAGCCUCCACACCUCCCCUCCCCCCACCCUGGCAGGUAAAGUGAGGGGGACCUAGUGUGCAUGCGUGGCCAGUGCUGUGCAUGCAUUAGACCUUCCCCAUAAAAACAAUAAUUGACUCAAUGGUUUUCUAUGGGGAUUUUCAAGACACUGGACGUCUUCAUGCACAGUGUGAGGAAGCCCACCUUAAUUUCAUAGAGUCAAACUCCGUGAAACAGGAAUCGCUUCUAGUGGCGGUCUGACAGCCACUAGUGCAGUCUAAACGCUGCAAUGUAAACAUUGCAGUUUUGCAAAAAAUGCAGUGCUUGCAGCUGCAGGGUUAAGGUGACAGGCAGUGACGUACCUACCACAGUCACAGGGGUCGCCCCUGCUACCGACCCUGUCACUCCAGUAUUCCUCUAAACAAGCUAAAGUGUUUAGGGGUUUGGAGUGUCCCUUUAAUAUCUCCUGAUUCUCUGUUUCCAAACAGAAAAUUAUAUUGCAUGGCUUCAUAUGCUACAAAUGUGGCAAUUCAUUUGCAAAAUAUAGGCCAGUUGAAAAGCAAUCUCUAUUCAUGUUUUCCCUAAAUCGAUCACAAAUCUUUACCAAAAAGACAAUAUGGGGUUUAUGCAAAAGAUUUUAGUCAAUACUAUGGAUACAGUGAAUGUUGAAUAAUAAAGUUUUACUCCAAUCAUCAUAACAACUAUAGCCUGCUGUAAUGCAUAUGAAGCCAGGAGUACCUUGGCUUGGUUCCCCAGUAAUGCAAUAAACCAUUAAGCAAGAGUUUUCCCCCUUACCUUGGUCCACACCAGGCUCUAAUGUUCCCUGUUGGUCUGGUGAUCUGCUUCUGGCUUUUGGCACAGAAUUGACAUUAGUCAGUUCCAGGCUGUGUGAUGACAGCCCAGUGAUGAUGCUGGAGGUGGAGUUAAACUGAAGGGGUUCAACUCUGUUAAACAUAGAAACAUAGAAUGUGACAGCAGAUAAGAACCAUUUGGCCCAUCUAGUCUGCCCAAUUUUCUAAAUACUUUAAUUAGUCCCUGGCCUUAUCUUAUAGUUACUACUAUACCCUACUGUUGGUGUACGUUCAGACUCCAGGCACCAUGACUACUUCAAAUCACUGAAGUGGUCAUGGUGCUUGCAGUAACCUUUUAAACCAAAGUAGAUAAUCUGGAAGCAUUCUCCAACUGAGCUGUAUUAGCAGAUUGAUAAUUUUUUUUGUCUAAAUUUUGGAUUUGAAAAAAAAAAAAAUUAUAUUCUUUAUUUUUGGAGGUGCUUUGUAGAAGCAUGAUCAACAAGUAAGAUAUCAGCAAUUUGAUUUAUACAAUAUUGCAAGACUGUUUUAUGUCAUGCAGUCGGCACCAUUUUUUUGUUAUAAAGAAAAUAAAAGAACAAUAAAACAUUGAGUACUCGAGUCAAGAUUAGACAGCUAUAGUACUGGUCCAGACUACGUUUAAGUAUACUAUGGUUGUUUAAUGUUUCAGUAUAUUAACUGGAUGUGAUGCCUGUUACUGAUUGGUUUAAAGUUUAUUGAUUGACUUGUGCUGCUGGAGGCAUAAAGUAAAGAAAGUUAUGCAAAAUACUCGCCUGCUGUCAUUAUUAAAAUUAAGAUACACUACGUUAGCAUAAUCUACAAUUAAUAGGGUUUUUUUUUUUUUUGGAGGAGGAGAAUUUUUAUGGUAUUAUCUAUGCAAUUAAUUAAAUAGAAAAGGUUAUUUUUACCCCAUUGUUGCCCUUUAAUUUAAUGUAGAUCUGUCUUGGCUAUAUAACUCAGAUCUAAAGAGUUUUCUUUGUACAAAUUAAUAUUUAUGAAGUAUUUGUACCUAGCUGUAGCUAAGUAUAUUAAUUACUAGACUAUCCCCAGUAAGAGGCUAUUCUCAUCUCCCUUCCAAUUGUAAAACGUGCAAUAUACUUUUUUAUAUACUAUUGUUUUUAAAAGUAUUUGUGAAAUACAUUUUGUUACAUUUUUCUACAUCUCUGCAAUAUAAAUGGGCAUUUUGAAGAUAUUAUUAUUUUAGAAAUGCGAUCUAUAAGUGUUUGCUAAUAUUGUGCCAGAAUUACACUAUUGGUUCCUUGUUUCUAUGUCCACAUGUUCAUGGGAUUACCCUGACUAGCAAUAGAGUCAUCUGUAUAAGUAUCUUCAAUAAUACCAUUUGUGUUCCACUUUAUACUGCAUUUUUUCUACUAUAUUAAUGAUUAAUUUCUCAUUUCUAUUUACAGGUUACUGGCUUCAUAGGUAUCUAUGUGCUCGUGAUCCCAUUGUGCUGAAUUUUAAUCCCUUCACCCCUGACCCACAGCCAGAAUAUAACAACCAGCUGAUCAGAUCCACUAACAUGAUUGUGUCUGCCAUGCGAUUCCUGAAAACUAUUCGAGCACGUUAUCUUGAGCCUAAGAUUUUACACCUUAAUCCAGACAAACGUGACACACAGGGAUUUAAUAAAUGUAUCAGGUUUGCGCCAACCUUGUUGCCUGGAUAUCCAGCAUACAUGGCGAAUGCUUAUCCAUUAGAUAUGUCACAGUACUUUCGUUUUUUUAAUUCCACUUGUUUGCCGAAACUUAACCGUGAUGAACUGGUCACAGAUGAGAGCGGAAAGCACUUGUUGGUGUUAAGAAAUGGGAAUUUCUAUGUGUUCGAUGUCAUUGACAAAGAUGGGAACAUAGUGAAGGCUUCAGAGAUCCAGGCCCACUUGCAGUAUAUCCUAUCGGACGCCACCCCUGCUCCGGAGUUUCCUUUGGGAUAUCUCACAAGUGAAGAAAGAAACACGUGGGCUGUUUUAAGACAGAAGCUUCUUGAAAACGGAAAUGAAGAGGCCCUGAAAAAAGUGGAUUCUGCUGUGUUUUGCUUGUGUCUCGAUGACUUUCCCAUUAAGGAUGAUGUCCACCUGUCCCACAAUAUGCUCCAUGGAUCAGGUAUGAACCGGUGGUACGACAAGUCCUUCAGCAUCAUCAUGACGCAAGAUGGGACAGCAGCUGUGAACCUUGAGCACUCAUGGAGAGAAGGAAUGACUAUCAUACGGUUCCAGAAUGAGGUGUUCAGGGAUAGCACGCAGAAACCAGCAAUAUCACCUCAAACCCUCCCAGCUAAGGUGGACUCCAGCCAAGCUGUACAGAAACUUGUCUUCCACCUUGGUGACUCUUUGAAAUCUGCAAUCUCAACCGCCAAAAAAAAGUUUGGUGCAACUGUGAGCUCAUUCACCAUUGUACCCAUGGAGUACAGAGGAUGUGGGAAGGAGUUCUUGCAGACCCAGAAGAUCAGCCCAGAUGCAGUAGCCCAACUUUCCUCUCAGAUGGCAUUCUUCAGACAAUACGGGCAGACCAGGACCACACAUGAGGUCUGCAGUACAGCAGCUUUCAAACAUGGCCGCACCGAGACCAUCCGAUCAGCCUCAUUUUAUACCAAGAAAUGCACCGAUGCUUUUUUAAGGAAUCUUUCACAACACAGUAUGGCUGAGCUCCGUAGCAUGCUGUAA